AUUAGGUGGGGUUGAGCCAUCUGGUGGAACAAAUUAUAUUAGAAUUUGGCUCCGAUUGAAAUAAAAACCCCCUCAAACUUGCUUUUGCACCCACAGUUUCAUAAAAAAAAACCCUCUCAGCUUCUCUCUCAUGGCUUCAGACCCAGACCCAGACCUUGCAGCUAAGUAUGCUCGUAACGGCAAAGUCUUGGUAGCCUCUUCCAUUCUUCUCUUCAUACUCGUACUCAUCAUCGUUCUUUUUCGCACUUACGUUUACCUUUGCCACCGUUACCAUCACCGUCGCCGUCAACGCCCUCUUACCACCACUUUCAACGAACAAAAACUUGAUCCUUCCAUUCUCAAAUCCCUUCCUUCCUUCACUUACUCUUCCUCCGCCGCACGCCGUACUCUCCACGACUGCGCCGUCUGCUUGUCGGAGUUCAUCGACGGAGAUGAAUGCCGUACGCUUCCUAACUGUAACCACGAUUUCCAUUCUGAUUGCAUUGACACGUGGCUCGCUUCUCACUCUAAUUGUCCUCUCUGCCGUGCUCUGGUCCGACCGGAAUCUCACAUUGAAUGGUCCGAUAUUUCGGGUUUCGAACCGGGUGAGGGUUGCUCUUAUUUUCCUGAACCGAUUGGGUGUCCGAGAAAACAAUUGAAUUUAAAUCUAAGUGUAACUGUAGAGUAAUCAGAUGCGGGUACCGGGUCGGGUUAUGCACCCGAAUAUAACGAGUUGGAUAUGCUUUGCUAAUUGCAACGUGUAGGUGAGUUUGGGUUUGGGAUAUAAUCUUGUGAAGAUAAUAAUGACAAGGCCAAUGAUGCAUAAAAGAAAUACCACACUACAUUGGAGAAUUGUCACUUUUUGGCAUUGGCAUGUUUCUUUUCUGAUUAUAGAAUUAUAGAAUCUCAUUUGAAACUGGAAAAGAGGAAAGGAAUUUUAGGAUUCUCGCUGGGACAGGUGGUGCUUGUAAGUUUGAUAUGCUUAAUUGAUUAAAACCACUAGACAUUUUGCAAUAAAAAGGUGCUUUCAACACAAUUAUACCCAUUCUAAAUAAAUUCUUAAAACCA